AUGUGUGGCACUGGCAGCUAGGCAUCACGAUUCAUCGAUGACACUGAAAUGAUAACAUUUGGACAGUGGGUUCCAAUGUCAUGGGGCUAACUGUUUCAAUUUCACGCCCGACGUUCACCUAAUUGGGGCUUCAAUUCAGGAACUCACCGGUAUGUGAUUAUCCCUGUGAGAGGUCAACAUUUUGCCUUAUGACUCGACAGAUCAUUUGGUAAAUUCAAAGCUCCGACAUAACUUAAGAAAUUUAGGUCACCUACAAUAUUCCAAGGAACAAUAGAAAGAUUUAUGGAGAUUGAAAAUAAUAUUCUCAGGAAAUAACCAUAGGUGGUUUAAUUAGAUCUUGUGGCAAUACAAAUAUGUGUUCAGAUCAAUCAUUUCUUUGGCCUCUCUAAUGUAUUGGUUACUCGGCUUAGGAUUAUUUACGCAAAAUUCGAUCACACUGGGCCAAUGGAUAAUUAUUUAAAAUUGUCCGAUAAGGACACUGUGCUGCUCUCUGGAUUAGAUCAGGGGAGCGUUCUAGGAAGGAAUGCAACGGCUUUUUUUUCUGUCGGUUAGUCCCUAGACAAUUCAUUAGAACUUGUAACGGCUGUCGUGUGGAAAGGAAUUCUCUAUAAUGGAUUGUGGUUAGAUUUCGAAGUUUGAGAUUUACCCUCUUGGUCUAAACCGUUUAUCUUAUACACACUAAUAGCGAGGAUUUUCGCCAGCCAUGUGGAUAACGGUGGGCUACCAUUAGGGUGAACAAAUAGAUUAUAACUUAUUUUGGUAUACAUUAACGUAUAGAAACGAUACAAGGUUGUCAUACAUUGGCACACGGUAAACAAUUAUUCCAUAAAUUGGGACAGUCUUGAUUUGCCGAUGCAUACAAAAACAGUGUUGAGACCUCGAUUUGUGUGUGAACAUUGUUUUUUGAGCUAUGUUGUACUGGGAUGGAACCAAAUCUGGGAAUGUCACCGGUAUGAUGCUCGAGGAUAAGAAGAAGAUGACGGAUCCAAGUUUUCCGGGAUACUUGGAAAGAUUCCGCAAUGCCAUGGUGAAAAUACGCAUGAAGUACAAGAAUUAUAAACUACCGCUCUACCAAGAUAACUGGGUUGAUACUAUGGACCAACAAGAGAAGGCAGAUGAGGUUGAAACAAGGCGACAUCGGGAGGAGGAUGUUGUGAAAUGGCUCGCCACAGGAUUGGCCCCAUUUGGCUCAAAGAUUGCAGUGCCAAGUUCCUCAGCCACACCGAGCGGGGGUCCAUACUCAUCCACCGACAUUGUGUCUUAUUCAAAUGACGUUGGUAACCGCCAUAUAUCAAAUGAGGAGUUCCGUCACAACAAUCUGGCGGACACCGACCGAGAUCGCGAUAGGAGAAAGAGUAAUGGACAUGAGAGAAGACCAAAUAGUUUAAAUACGUCACCUAAGUCACUAAAAACUGAAACCAAAGUCACAAAUAUUGAACGUCCUGGUAGGGAAAGGGAACAAGACUGGGAUAACUUGCGACAAUCUCAACAAUUCGAGAGAGAAUUCACUAAGGAUAAGGAAAGAACACUAAAUGUUGAUAGGAUACCACUGCCAGAUGAUCGAGAUGACAUUAAACCUAGUAACAAUAAAGCUGCAGUAAGACCGAACUAUUUUAAACCCAUAGGAGCUCGGAAUAACUUUGUUACGAAUCGUGACCCUCAGAUCAUCGCCACUCAUCAGAUCAAUAUCCAUCAGCACACAAGAUCUCAGUCAGGGCCUAGUCGGGAACCAGAAGAUCUAGUUGCCAUGGGGACAAUCUGGAAUCCAAACAAUGUGCCGGUGCAAAAAAAUGGCAAUAACUCUAAAUCAUUCAACGUGAGCAAUCCAACUGCCACCCAAAUCAAUGUGAACUCUUUGAAUCCUGCCCUCACCAUGUCAAGGAAAUACCCAACGAGUCGAAUCUCACAACUCGCACACAACUCAGGGAAUAAUAAAAAGGAAGCUGACCCACGCUAUUCAGACCCAAUCAUUGGCGCCCCAGCAUCUUUUCAACAGAGACUAGUUGAAUUAGCAGCGUUAGAAAGUGAAACAGUACGCUGGGAAAGAAAUAGGAAAUUCAAGAAGAAAAAACAACAAGACACGUCAUAGGCUUAGUUCUUUUAGGAAAUUAAAUUCUGUGAUAUUGCAAAGUUAGGAAUGUCAGCCGUGCCAUAUGACAAGUUGGAGAUUCUCAUUUCGUGGAGUGGAUAUCUUACUGUCCACAGGACUUCGAUGAAAAGUGUCGAUAGAAAGCUUCAGUUUCUUGAGGACAUUGCAUUGGAUUUGUAGAGACUGUUAAAUGGAUUGUGAGGGAUAUUUGCUUCUCUUCUGUUUGUGCUCAAACUUCAGACAUUCUAGUGAUUUGUAACUGUUGUGAAAAUGAGUGGCCACAGGGUUCAGUGAAAAUGAGUGGCCACAGAGUUUUGUGAGGAGUGGCCUGAGCCUGUAUCUUACCACUGGUAAUGUUCAUGUAUCAAGAUGCACAGGACAGGAAAGAGCCUCUGUGAGUGUUUCCGCCAGAAUGUAAUUUGAGUGGGUGAAAAAAACGCAUACAGUAAAUGGGGCCCUCCUAAGAUUUAAAAAGAACAACUUAUUUUGUUUUCUUAUUGAACAGUUAAUUGACUAAUCAAUGUUAACUAUUCCAAUUCUCAUCAUCUGAGAUGAUGAAUUUUUGCCUUGUUAUUUAAGGCGUUACUAAAACUAUCUGUAAAUUAGUUCAUGAAAAUCAUUCUUUUUCUGUGUAGAUCGUUUGAAUUGCUAUGUAACUUUAGUUGCUUACACAAAUUUGAAUGAGAUUUGUGAUUGAUAUCGUUAUUAUUUGAUAAUAAAA